ACUGUCGAACUUCUACUGCAACAACGAUCGCCGCGAUGCUUUCUAAAUCUGGCCUGACAUAUGUACUGCUUCUCUGUCUCGUUUCCCGUCCUAUUGUGGCGUUCGACAUGUCAUCGAACCAGAAUCUAGCUGUGUACUGGGGCCAGAAUUCGUAUGGAGCUGCGAAUAUAGGUGAUACUGCAAAUUGGCAGCAGCCGAUCUCUUACUAUUGCAAUGAUAACGUGAUCAACACCCUUCCGAUAGCCUGUCUAGAUGAGUUCUACUCGAUAGGAAAUCUCCCGUCCAUCAACCUAGCGAACAUUUGCCAUUCCAACCACCCUGUUUUCGCAGGGACGAACCUCUUCGAUUGCUCGUUCCUCGCAUCAGGUAUUGAGGCCUGUCAAGCUGCAGGAAAAAUCGUCACUAUCUCGCUGGGAGGAGCAACAGGUUCUAAUGGCUUUACAAGUGACACCCAAGCAGCGGCAUAUGCCCAGACAAUUUGGGAUCUUUUCCUGGGAGGUUCUAGUAGCACGCGUCCUUUUGGGUCCGCUGUUCUGGACGGCAUUGACAUGGACAUCGAAGGUGGCUCUCAGAUCGGAUUUGUAUCUUUCUUGACUACCCUUCGUAACUUGAUGAAUGGUGGCACUAAGCCGUACUACAUCACUGCAGCGCCUCAAUGUUUUUACCCCGAUGCCUAUAUUAGUACUACACUGAACCAGUUUGGAUUUGACGCCGUAUAUGUCCAGUUUUAUAACAACUGGUGCGGUUUGACGAAUUAUAACAACCCUAACGCCUGGAACUUUGGGACAUGGGACAACUGGGCAAAGACGGUAUCCCCUAAUCCAAAUGUCAAAGUCUACAUAGGUGCCUCGGCAUCAUCCGGUGCAGCUGGGUCUGGAUAUGUCAGUCCAUCGACGUUUACCACAAUCAUCCAGCAAACGAUGACCAAAUAUUCAUCCUUCGGGGGCGUCAUGCUGUGGGACGCGUCUCAGGCGUACGCAAAUAGUAGAUACGACGUAUCUGUUAAGAAUGCACUGACAAGUAGUACAUCCACCCCACAGCGGGGACCUCUGGACUGCGAUGUGGUGGACGGAGAACAGUGUUCCUGGCGGUUCUGCCGGUGUCUGGACGUACAAUGGCGUAUGCUAGACUCGUGACGAUUCUGCUUCCGUGCGUUUUUUUUGGAUCUGGAGAUUUUUGCCGUUGGCAGAGCCAGGCAGACCAUUCGAUUCCAGAAGAGCC